AUGGUAUUCACAAAAUUCGGUGCACCAUCAGAAAAACAAGUCACUGCGUUCCACAAAGCUAUUGUUAAAAUGAUAGCUGAAGACCUUCAACCGCUAUCAAUAGUUGAAAAUGCAGGCUUUCGUAGUAUGAUUGAGCUCUUAGACUCCAGAUAUGAAAUUCCAAGUAGGAGAGCGCUUGGUAGGACAAUCAUACCAAAUAUAUUUUCAUCUGUACAAAAUAAAGUACAAGUUUUGCUUGAUAAAGCAGUGGAUGUAGCGAUCACUACAGAUGUAUGGACUUCCCUUAACACAGAUUCUUAUUUAACUUUGACUGUUCAUUUUUUAAAAAUAAUGACCAACGAACUACAUAACUGGAACAUUUUUAAUAAAGUUGUGGCAGUGGUUACAGAUGGUGGAGCAAAUAUUAGAGCAGCUGUAAGGCUAAUGAACCUAUCUCACUUACCAUGUAUAGCUCACAAAUUAAAUCUAGUUGUUCAGCAAGCUCUUAAACUAUGUGAUGACGAAGGAGUCGGUCCUGAGAAUGAUUCAGAUGAAGGUGACUUAAAAAACAGUUUUGAAGAAAUGCCGUACCAUAGUUGGAUUUUUCAAGAGAAGUGA